GUCGUUCUCACAAUCGAAGAGCAAACCCACGAGAUCCCUGAAGCUCUUGCUUGCUUUGAUAGAUUCAUUCCUUCCUCAAUCUAUCCAUUUUAAAUUAGGUUUGAUUAAAUAUUCAUCAUGUCCAGCAAAUGCGACGAUAAUCCUAAGCGGCAAAUGCUGUUGGGUAUGGAAAUUCCAGCACCUGCCGUGGCGUUUGUGAAGCAGAACAAGCAGGCACUGGUGGCAGCGGCUGCUUCUGUUUUAGGUGUGGCACUCCUGUAUGUUACCAUCAUGACUCCACCCUCUUCCUACGACUACAGCCUUGUCGUGCGCAACCAACAAGAAGUUUGUCCGAAUAGGAUACGGGCCGGAGAUGUGGAAGAUGGCGGUUGGUGGAUUUGUGAUGCCCAAACUACUAUUCCCGAGAAGGACUGUGUGAUUUAUUCCUUUGGCAUUCGCGACAAUUUCAGUUUUGAUCACUUUUUUGCCAAUAAAGGCUGUCAAGUCCACGGCUUUGAUCCCAGUCCGGCAGGGUUGCAGUCGCAAAAGGAAUACGAAAAAGUCCAACGAGCCCAUUAUCAUUCCUACGGAUUGGGAGUUGUCGACAAGGACUAUGGACCAGGAAAGGUCCCCUUUCGAUGGCCCGGAUUGGACUAUUUGCAAGAAUUCAAUACACUCCCGUGGAAAUUAAAGUCACUACCCACCAUUAUGAAGGAAAUUGGAAAUUCCAAAUUGACCAUUCUCAAAGUCGAUGUCGAAGGGGCUGAAUGGGAUUCCAUGAAACAUAUUGCCAAGGCCGGCUGGGACGAACUAUACAUGGAACUGCACUUUCCACCGGGUGGCUACAACAUUACUCGAAACAAAAAUAAUGACAUGAUUGUCACUCGCACUCCCCAUAAACCCGCCGAACCGCCCAGACGCGAAAGCCAACCGGCACGCAACACACCCGGGACAAUUGAUCGGAUAGCCCUACUGCAAGAAAUCAAUGCCAUUGCGGACAUGUUCUAUUGGGAUGACAACCACGAGUGUACCAAAACAUUUGCAGCCGCUUGUAUCGAAAUUACUUUAAACGAAAAAAGGAUACCAAAAACCUGAGGACGAACAUCCUGCGAUCGGCUUCACGAUGGGAUUAUGUGCAAUAAAUAAACAAUCAACGAACUACUACCUGGUAUUGCAUGUUAUGGAUGGGACAGCCAGUAAAACUUAACUACUA